GGAACAAACUCAGAGUACUACCUUCCACUAUUGGGGGGCUGCGCAGCCUGAGGACUUUAAACAUCUGUGAAAAUAGACUUGCGGAGCUGCCGCGCUCCCUGGCCAACGUGCGCACACUGGAGACCCUCUCCCUGGAUGCGACCGCGAUGCUCUUCCCCCCUCCGUCUGUCUGCGGCGAAGGAACAGAAGCCAUACAGAGGUUCCUGUGUAAAGAGCUCGGUAUUGAGUACUGUCCCCCCUCCCAGUACCUCCUGUCUGUGCUGGAAAACAAUUCAUGCGACACGGAUACUGUGGAUGGUGCCUUACUGCGAUCUCUCCAGGAGCAAACUGACUGGCAGAACAAGUUCUCGGAGUAUGAAAAGAGAAAGGAACAGAAGAUGAUGGAGAAACUGGAGUUUGAGCGCCAAUUGGAUCUGGAGCAGAGGGAACAAGCACAGCUUCUUCUACAGAGCAACACACAGAAGGAUGAAAUCCUACAGACUGUGAGAGAGGAACAAUGGAGACUGGAGAAGGGGCUGAACAAACAUCAGCAGCAGAUUCAGAGUGAGAGGCAGCGGCUCCAGGAGCAGCUCAAACAGAUGGAGAAGGGAAUCUCUUAUCGGAUCAAGAAUCUGCUGGAGCAGAACCGCAGGUCGGUAUAGGCUGCAGCACUCAGU